GCGUGGACUCCCCAGGGCUCACACACGCCUCCUCCCAGCAGCAGGCAAACGGGAGCCGCAUACACGUUCUCUACUCCACGCCUGCUUGUUACCUCCAGGAGCUGAACAAGGCCAAGCUCACCUGGUCGCUGAAGGAGGAUGACUUCUUUCCUUAUGCAGACGGCCCCAACAUGUUCUGGACCGGCUAUUUUUCCAGCAGGCCGGCCCUCAAACGCUAUGAGCGCCUCAGUUACAACUUCCUGCAGGUGUGCAACCAGCUGGAGGCACUGGCAGGUCCGGCAGCCAACGAGGGACCUUAUGGCUUGGGAGACAGUGCACCCCUCAAUGAGGCCAUGGCGGUGCUCCAGCACCAUGACGCGGUCAGCGGCACCGCCAAGCAGCACGUGACCUACGACUACGCGCGCCAGCUGGCGGCUGGCUGGAGACCCUGCGAGGUUCUCCUGAGCAACGCGCUGUCCCGGCUCAGCGGCUACAAGGCGGCCUUCUCGUUCUGCCUCAAACUCAACAUCAGCAUCUGUCCCCUCAGCAAGAAGUUAGCGCACUUCCAGGUCACCAUCUAUAACCCCCUGGGGAGGAAGGUGAAUCAUAUGGUACGACUGCCAGUCAGCAAAGGCAUUUUCAACGUGAAGGACCCCAACGGCAAGAUUGUGCCCAGCAGUGUGGUGGUUCUUCCCAGCUCUCAGUAUCCUGAGGACCACUCAGAGCUGCUGUUCUCUGCCUCAGUGCCUGCCGUAGGCUUCAGCAUUUACUCAGUAGCCCGUGUUUCUGGCUCUAACCUCUGGGACCAUACUCCCAAGUCCAGAUUCCGAGAACCCCAGACCCGUGUCUUGGCCAUUGAAAAUGAGUAUAUCCGGGCUAUAUUCAACCCUGACACAGGACUAUUGAUGAAGAUUGAGAACUUGGAACAGCAACUCGUGCUGCCUGUGAAGCAGUCCUUCUUCUGGUAUGAGGCCAGUAUAGGUGACAAGGACAGCAGUCAGGCCUCUGGUGCCUACAUCUUCAGACCCAGCCAAUCGGAACCAGUGCCUGUGAGCCGCUGGGCUCAGACCCACCUGGUGAAGACAGCCUUGGUGCAGGAAGUACACCAGAAUUUUUCAGCCUGGUGUUCCCAGGUGGUUCGCCUCUACCCAGGACAGCGUCACCUGGAGUUGGAGUGGACGGUGGGGCCAAUUCCUACGAUUGACAAUUGGGGGAAGGAGGUCAUCAGCCGCUUUGACACACCUCUGAGGACAGAGGGACAGUUCUACACAGACAGCAAUGGCCGGGAGAUCCUGAAGAGGAGGAGGGAUUAUCGACCUACCUGGCAGCUGAACCAGACUGAGCCGGUGGCUGGGAACUACUAUCCAGUUAACAGCCGAAUUUACAUCACGGAUGGGUACAUGCAGCUGACGGUGCUGACUGACCGCUCCCAGGGGGGCAGUAGCCUGAGUGACGGCUCACUGGAGCUCAUGGUGCACCGAAAGCUACUGGUAGACGAUGAACGAGGAGUCGGCGAGCCACUGUUGGAUGAGGGGUCCGGGGAGUGGGUACGAGGGCGUCACCUUGUGCUUCUGGACCAGGUCAACAAUGCGGCCGCUGGACAUCGCCUUCUGGCAGAGAAGGAGGUCCUGGCCCCACAAGUGGUGCUGUCUCCCGGAGGCAGCAUUCCCUACUACUCUGGGGCCAUCCCACGCACACAGUUCUCAGGACUUCACCAGCCCCUGCCGCCCUCAGUGCGCCUGCUCACACUGGCCCGCUGGGGCCCAAAGAUGGUGCUGCUGCGCUUGGAGCACCAGUUUGCCGUGGGGGAGGAUUCAGGCCGCAACCUGAGCUCCCCUGUGACCUUGGACUUGCAGAACCUGUUCGCGACCUUCAUCAUCACCCACCUGCAGGAGACUACCCUGGCAGCCAACCAGCCCAGGGCCAGCGCUUCCAGGCUCAAGUGGACACUAAACACAGGUCCCAUCUCCUCUCCUACUCCUCCCAAGCUGAACCCUGCCUCCAUCACACUGCAGCCCAUGGAAAUCCGAACUUUUGUGGCCUCAGUGAAAUGGAAAGAGGACAGCUAGGCCUUCUGGGAAGACCCCUUUGGUGCCUAGUGUCCUGCUCCAAGGAUGGGGUAGGCAGUCCCCCUCCUCAUCUUGCUGUUGCCAUUCACAAAAGCCAUUAAAAUGCCACUACUAAUGU